CUUUAUUGUGUAUUAUAUUGGAAGCAGCAGUAUCGUUGUAUUAUAUUGGAAGUAGCAGUAUCUUUAUUGUGUAUUAUAUUGGAAGUAGCAAUAUGUUUAUUGUGUAUUAUAUUGGAUGUAACAGUGUCUAUAUUGUGUAUUAUAUUGGAAGUAUUAAUAUCUUUAUUGUGUAUUAUAUUGGAUGUAACAGUGUCUAUAUUGUGUAUUAUAUUGGAAGUAUUAAUAUCUUUAUUGUGUAUUAUAUUGGAUGUAACAUGUAUUAUAUUGGAAGUAGCGAUAUAUUUAUGUGUAUUAUAUUGGAAGUAUCAGUAUCUUUAUUGUGUAUUAUAUUGGAAGAAGUAA